GGCAGGUAUACCUCGAUCUUUCUUAAUCCAAGAACAGCAAAGAUUGCAAGAGAUGCCACCUACACCUCUGCAAAUCCCAGCAGACCCCAAUUACCAAAACCAACCAGCCUACAUGGACCUGCCAAGCUGGAUCCUGCCGAGCCAACCCCCCGAGCCUCCACCACAGAUCCGCGAACACUUAUCGCCAAACGUUCCACAAAUGUUACCAUUUGUGCAGCAGGGGCAAUUAGAACGACCGUAUUCCCCUACCGAUGUGUAUUCGGAGGUUCAGACAGCUGAUGACGAGCUCCGAGAGGGCUCCGAGUCGCCGGACCUCCUCCAGUCGAACCAGAAACGGCAGAGCGCGUUCUCGCGGCUCGGGCCCCUGACGCAGCCGAAGAAACCCAAACUCACCAUCAACCUGCAGCUGAAUAAGGACCAGGCUGUCAGAGAGGUGGUGAAUGAUACGGACGAGUCGUUCCGCUACGUGCCCGUCCACCUGCGCAAGGACAUACUCGAGAGCGAAGACGAGAUCGUCAAGAAAUACCUGCCCUUCUGGCCGUGGAAGAAAAACAUGCAGCUACGGAAGACCGUGUCCGCUAGGCUAUCCAAAUCGGUAAUGCUUUUGGAACAAGAGCAGAUGGAGGCUGGCUAUGAGAAGGACAAUGUAUUCAUACAAGUGGUGGUAACAGGAUACCCGAAGACAUGGACUAAAGAAGACGUUCUCGACGCAGUCCUAGAGUGCGUAAAGGGCAAAAGCUUCAUACCUCUGUUCACAGAGUUCACUUCGCAAAAAUGCAGGUUCCUUGUCAUCCGAUGCCAGUCUGCCUUGGUCGCCAUACAUAAAGUCGGGUUCUGCAUACGCAAGGCCGACGUCGAGCUAACGCUGAGCAUAUCGCUCACAGACACAGGCCUGAAUCAGAUAGAUCUGAUCCCCCGCCUCGUGCUACGCAGGAGACUGAUGAUCAUGUCGGACGAGAACCAUGUGGACCUCACCGAGUUCCUCAUUGAAAAGGAUGUGAGCCACUUCGUGUACUUCCCUCUAAACCGUCCCACGAACCAGAUGGAACUGAUCCAGCUACAAAGCGCCGUGACGUGGGAGUACCUCACCGAGCUCAACCUGUCUAGGAACAGGCUCACGUUUACAUCUGCUCAACAUGUGAGUCACUUUGUGUACUUCCCUUUAUACCGUCCCACGAACCAGAUGGAACUGAUCCAGCUACAAAGCGCCGUGACGUGGGAGUACCUCACCGUGCUCAACCUGUCUAGGAACAGGCUCACGUUUACAUCUGCUCAACAUGUGAGUCACUUUGUGUACUUCCCUCUAAAUCGUCCUACGAACCAGAUGGAACUGAUCCAGCUACAAAGCGCUGUGACGUGGGAGUACCUCACCGUGCUCAACCUGUCUAGGAACAGGCUCACGUUUACAUCUGCUCAACAUGUGAGUCACUUUGUGUACUUCCCUCUAAACCGUCCCACGAACCAGAUGGAACUGAUCCAGCUACAAAGCGCCGUGACGUGGGAGUACCUCACCGAGCUCAACCUGUCUAGGAACAGGCUCACUUCCCUCGGCGGGUUCGACCUCCACAAGAACACGCCCCGCCUCAAACGGCUCGACCUGUCCCACAACUACCUGGACAAGGUCACCCUACUGCUACCUAUUCGCGACCUACCGCUCCGCUCACUCAGACUUGAGGGCAACCCGCUGUGCCGCGACUACAUCGACCCAGGCCACUACAUUAAGGUCGUUAGGAUGAUGUUCCAUGAGGUCAUGGAGUUGGAUGGUGUCCGUAUCACUCUAAAAGGCGACCUGCCGUCAAUGAAACGCAACUACUGCCCGGAGGCCGCGGCGGCCGUAGUCGAGAAGUUUCUGGAAACGUUCUUCCCCCUGCUCGAGGCGGCUUACGACGACCGAGCCGCCAUCGAGGACCUAUAUGACAAAGAGGCUGUCUUGACUAUCACGUUUAGAUAUAAGUUACGAUACGGAACAGCGUUCCGUUACUUCCGGAACCUGUUCCUCCGCGCCCGGAGCCUGGAGGAGGAAGAUAAAGACAGCGUGGUGGGCGCCGGCGCCAUAACCUCGCUCAUCUGCAAGUGGCCCGACAUCGAGCACGACAGAUACACCAUAUCCGUCGACGUCAUACAUCAUGACGACUUCACAACAAUCCUCCGCCUCGGCGGCGUGCUCAAGCUCACAGCCAAGUCCUUGGCCGAAGACGAGCACCUCCUGACCUUCACCAGGACCGUGGUGCUGCACUCCAAGAACGGCGCGGAGUAUAAGAUCACCAACGAGAUGCUGUACUGGGACGUGCCGAGAGAAGAGGUCACUAGGACUGCCUUCAAUAUUACCACGCUCACAGCCAAGUCCUUGGCCGAAGACGAACACCUCCUAACGUUCACCAGGACCGUGGUGCUGCACUCCAAGAACGGCGCGGAGUAUAAGAUCACCAACGAGAUGCUGUACUGGGACGUGCCGAGAGAAGAGGUCACUAGGACUGCCUUCAAUAUUACCACGGUCACGUUCUUUAGAAACCAAAUUCGAAGUAACCUGAUCCUCAAGCUCACAGCCAAGUCCUUGGCCGAAGACGAACACCUCCUGACCUUCACCAGGACCGUGGUGCUGCACUCCAAGAACGGGGCGGAGUAUAAGAUCACCAACGAGAUGCUGUACUGGGACGUGCCGAGAGAAGAGGUCACUAGGACUGCCUUCAAUAUUACCACGGUACGUCCAAAGCAACUAAGUCUCAAACUAGAGUCGCCACCAGAUGAAGAGCUGAAGUCUAAACUAACAGACAUAUUCGUCAAAUUAGCCGAUAUUGACAAAAAACGCGGGGCAAGAUGCUUGGAGCUAAAAAAUUGGGAUCUUCGAUGCGCGCUGGAUUACUAUAUUAUGCUUCUCAAGCUAGACGAUCUUGCGCCGUUGUCGUCACCUAAAGACAGCACGCCAGCACCACAAGCGUCAUAGCAAAUUGCAUUUUA